AUGGCAAGGCAAGAAUCAUUGUUGCCCUCUUCUUCCUUUAGCUUUGGAUGGAUAUACGAUGUGUUUCUCAGUUUUAGAGGCGAAGAUAGUCGUCACGGUUUCAUUGGCUAUCUCUACAAAGCUCUUCAUGACAGGGGAAUCCACACCUUCAUUGAUGAUAAAGAGCUUCAAAGAGGAGAGAAAAUCACACCAUCACUUAUCAAUGCAAUUGAAGAAUCAAGGAUUGCCAUCACUGUGUUCUCUAAGAACUAUGCUUCUUCUUCCUUUUGCUUAAAUGAACUUGCCCAUAUCCUUCACUGCAUCAAGGAAAGGGGUCGGUUGGUUUUGCCAGUUUUCUAUGACGUUGACCCUUCUCACGUGCGACAUCAGAGUUGUAGCUAUGAGGAAGCACUCGCUACUCAUAAACAGAGGUUUAAGGAUGACAAGGAGAAGCUACAAAAGUGGAGGAAGGCUCUGCGUCAAGCAGCUGACUUGUCUGGUUUUCAUUUCAAACUUGGGUACUCUUUUAUCUUCCUCUGUUUCAAUGAAUAUGAGUUUGUUGGGAAGAUUGUUAAAGAGGUCUCCGACAAGAUUAAUUGCUCUCCUUUACAUGUUGCUGAUUAUCCAGUUGGAUUGGAGUCUCAAGUGCCCAAAGUAAUAUCGCUUCUCAAUUUCGGAUCUGAUGGAGUUCACAUGAUAGGGAUCCAUGGAAUUGGUGGCAUAGGGAAGACAACACUUGCUCGAGCAAUUUAUAAUUUGAUUGCCGAAUCAUUUGAAGCUUUGUGUUUUCUUGAUAAUAUAAGAGAAAAUUCUAUUAAACAUGGAUUAGAACAUAUCCAAGAGACACUUAUUUCUAAAGUAUUUGGAGAGAGGCAUAUUAAGUUAGCAAGUUCCAAAGAAGGAAUUUCAAUCAUAAAGCAUAGGCUCCACAGAAAGAUUGUUCUUUUGGUUCUUGAUGAUGUUGACAAACUGGAGCAGUUGCGGGCAACUGUUGGAGGACUUGAUUGGUUUGGUUGUGGCAGCAAAAUCAUCAUUACAACUAGGGACAAGCAUUUGCUAACAAGUCAUGGGGUUGAGAAAACUUAUGAGGUAGAUGGUUUGAGUAAUAAAGAAGCUCUUGAAUUACUUAGUUGGAAUGCUUUUAAAACUGACAAAGUUAAUUCGAGUUAUGUGGACAUUUUAAACCGUGCAAUAACUUUUGCUUUUGGCCUUCCACUGGCUUUGGAGGUAAUAGGUUCCUACUUGUUUGGGAAAAGGAUAGAAGAAUGGGAAUCUGCAUUAGAUCAGUAUGAGAGAAUUCCUAAUAAAGAGAUCCAAAAGAUACUUGAAGGAACUAGUAGUAUCCAAAUCAUAAUUUUGGAGUUCCUCAAAUUUGAAGAAGUAGUUGAAUGGGAUGGAAACGCCUUCAAGGAGAUGAAAAGCCUCAAAACAAUUAUUGUUAGAAAGGGUUGUUUUUUGGAAGGUCCCAAACAUCUUCCAAAUAGUUUGAGAGUACUGGAAUGGUGGAGGUAUCCUUCACCAUCACUACCAUCUACUUUUAAUCAAAAGAAUCUUAUGAUACUAGAGUUACCCCAAAGUCCCUUAAUGUCAAUUGAUUUGCUCAUGUCAAAGAAGAAGUUUGUGAAUAUGAACGUUUUGAAUUUUGAUCAUUGUCAAUGUAUAACAGAGAUACCUGAUGUGUCUGGUGUCCCAAAUUUAGAAGAAUUAUCAUUUGGAUAUUGUGAGAAUUUAAUUAAAAUUCACAAAUCGGUUGGAUUCCUAAAUAAACUUAAAACCUUGAAUGCUAAUGGUUGCAAGAAGUUUAGGAGUUUUCCACCCAUCAAGUUGACCUCUCUUGAAAAUCUCCAGCUUUCACAUUGUCCUAGUCUUGAGAAUUUUCCAGAAAUAUUAGGAAAGAUGGAAAAAAUGACGAAGCUUGAUUUAAGUGGCACUCCCAUAAAAGAACUUCCAUUUUCAAUUCAAAAUCUCACUCGGCUUCAAAGACUAGAGCUGUCACGUUGUGGAAUUGUUCAGUUACCAAGGAGCAUUUCAAUGAUGCAAAAACUUCGUAAGUUGAUUUUUAGGGAAAGUGAAGGAUUUUUUAUAUCAAAACCGGAUGAAGGUGAAGCACAAGUGAGCUCAUUGGUGUUUGAGAACACUGUUGACGAAUUCAUUCGAAAAGGUCUCCCUUUGUUUGUCAAUGUGCAAUGGUUAAACUUAGCCAAGUGUAAUUUCACAAUUCUUCCUGCAUGCUUCAAAGAAUGUCUCUUAUUGAGAGAAAUUGAUUUAUAUUGUUGCAAGAAUUUUCGGGGAAUUGGAGGGAUUUCACCCAACUUAGAAACAUUCAUUGCAGUGGAGAGCACAUCCUUGAAAGAUUUAGACCUCACACUAUUUCCUGAAUGUUUGACGACACUUAUUUUGCGUAAUUGCGAGAAUCUUCAAGAAGUUAGAGGGAUUUCACCCAGCAUAAGAACUUUGCAAGCAACCCAAUGCCCAUCCUUGACAUCCGAGUGUAGAAGCAUGUUACUGAAUGAGGAAUUGCACAAGGAGGGUGGAGACAAAGAGUUUCUUUUGUUAGAAACAAGGAUUCCAGAGUGGUUUGAGCAUCGUAUAAAUGAAUCGUCAAUUUCUUUCUGGUUUCGUAACAUGGACUUCCCUGCGAUAUCUCUAUGUUUUGCUAUUCGACUCAAUGAAAAUUAUGCCACGUUGUAUCUCAAUAUUGAAGUCAACGGCAUUUCAGAAGUUAUAGGACAGGGUUUCUAUUUGGAUUGCAAUCCAGGGAAUGAGUAUAUAGUUCUUUAUGAUAUAAAACAGGAAAAGUUCGUACAUGAUGCUGUUCUUCUAGAAGAAAAUAAAUGGAAUUAUGUGGUGUGUACUAUAUCAAAACGCACAAACAGAGUGUUUGUCAAACAAAGUGGAAUCCAUGUAUUCAAACAAGGAAAGAGCAUGGAGGACAUUCAAUUCACCAAUCCACUGUUGUUGAAAGAAGAGCAAAGAUUGGUGGACAUGGCAGAUUCUCAGAGACAAUUUGUGCAGCACCAAAAUACUUUGGCUUCAUUGCCUUUAUUGGAACCACAAUUGGGACAGGGCACAUAAUUGCUUUCGUUGCUUCCACCUCCAGCAUCGAAGAAUAAUGUGAAUUGGCAUUCAAAUUCAAUGGUAUCAAAGCUGAGAAGUAGCACUUUCAAUUUCCAAGGCUGUGAAAUUGUGUCCAAAAAGAGGAAAAUAGGUAUGUUAAAUGUGGACUUGAACAAUGAAGCAUGUGAACCUUGUUGCACUGCACCUUCAAAAGUGGCUUUUAAUUCAGCAGUGUCAAACUUUGCUAGUGGUGCUGGCAGUGAAAAAGGAGAAUCUUCUUCUCAAAGCCCAGGUUUUGCUUAGACGCAAAAUAUUCAGGCCCUAAGUCCGCCUUCUUCAAGCGGCAAAGAUAGUGGAGAAGAAAUACACCUGAAAACGUGUUGCACAAUGUUGCCAACCACAUUUGACGUGUCUUUCAAAAUUUGAAUUGAUUGGAUGAUUUUCAGUCCAUGUGCUGUCAUGCAUGGAUGAGUUAUGUAUGUGGACAGCUAUGUGAAAGUUAUAGUGCUUGUUAAGAGAUGAAUUUUCUGUCAUGAAUUAUGUUCCAAUGAUGAAUUAUGAAUGCUGUCCUAUAUA